AUGAUCAGCGAAGAGUUAAUGGAAACAUUUAUGGGAAUCAACCUAGCGGUGAUGUCCUCCCUUUUGGGCUUUGCGGGGAUAGUGUUCAACAUCAUGAACAUCACCGUAUUCAUCACCGUCGGGUUUUCGGACACCACCAACAUCUCGCUCCUGGGCCUCGCUGUGGCAGACAUCGGCGUCCUGUUUACUGAGAUCGGCUACAGCGUCACCUACAACCCACUGAUCUUGCAAUUCAUCCCCUUUGAAACCAUCGACGCCGUCAACUACGUCGUCCUUGGCACCAGCCACGUCUUGUUUUGUAGAAUAGCCGGGUGUUUAACAGCUUUCAUAACGUUUGAGAGGUUCAUGUGUGUAGCGUUCCCGCUUCAUGUCAAAGCCAUCGUUACGCCAACAAGGACCAUUUUAGUAGUAGUAGGCACCUAUGUCACCCUCGUGGCCAGCACGCUGCCCCAGUAUCUAGCCAAUCAGAUCGCACCGAGGUUUAACCCACAGUUGAAUGUCACGGUGGUUGGAAUAGUCUUAUCCCCGAACGCUGACCAGCUGGAGAAUUUCACGCUGACCGUGAACAUUGUGGUCCAAGUUGCGUCAUUCGUCCUUGUCGCGGCGUCAACCAUCGGUCUGGUGAGGUCGCUCGCCAGUGUAGCAAAAUGGAGGAGUUCCACGUCAUCGUCUUCCCAGUCUCUCCAUAUCUCCGGUCGUGAUAAGCAACUGGUCAAGAUGGUCUUACUGAUAUCGGUCGUCUUCAUCUGCUGCUCGCUGCCCACGGUCAUCGGCAACUUGGUGAUGGUAUUCGUCAAAGACUUUAACGUCAAGGGAAGAAACAAGAAACUUUUUGAAUUCAUCGUUACCAUAUUCUUCAUCUUGGAUGCCAUCAACUCUACCAUUAACAUCUUCAUCUACUUGAGGAUGAGCUCAAAGUUCAGGGAAAAGUUCUGGUCAAUUUUUCUAUGCAGGUCCGAGAAUAAUUUAAAGGGACUUUUAAAGUAG